GUUCAGUAUUCAGUCCUCAGUUCGCGUUCGCUUCGGUUCAGUUUUAGUUUCUGUUUCAGUUCGCAUUCAGUUUGUCAACGCGUCGCAUGCGUGUUCUUUCGGGCAGUCGCAUUCCCCAUCGCCGUAGUGAAUAUUUUUCGGGAAAUUUCAACCCAAACCGAGCUGAAGAAGUGCUGUGCACCCUGGCUAGAGUGAGCUGUGUGUGAAGUGUAUUACUGGAAUAUUCAGUUGAAAAUUUUCGCUGUGAAAAACAAGAAAACAUAAAAGAAAACUCCCUCCCAGGAACAUGCCGUCCAACCGUUCAACAGGCUGCCUGAUGCUGGCUGUUUUUUGCAUGCUGCUCUGCCUCAAUGCAGCUUCUGGGGUCCUCCGCUGCUGGCGUUGCUCGACGGACGUCUCGAACGGGGAGUUCUGCAACGAUCCCUUCCAGCCGGACAGCAUCUCGGAGCAGCAGCGCUACUGGAGCUACGUGAACUGCACCUACUCGGUGGGCGUCAAGUCGGUGAAUGCGCGUCCCGUGUGCAAGAAACUGGUGCAGGAAGUGUACGGCAAGCGGGUGAUUUCACGCUCAUGUUUUUACGAGGAUAUGGACGAUCCGGCAGACAAGUGCGCGAUGGACCAGACCUCGUCCUACAUCAAGACCGUCUACUGCCGCACCUGCACCACGGACGGCUGCAACGGAUCCGGGGGCAUAUCGCCGCUGAUGGCUCUCCUGCUGCUGCCCCUGCUGGCGGCCCUGAGGCAGCUGGUAUGCAAAUGAGAACCCCAGGAACCGUCUAUGUUCUGGGAGGCGGACUUAAUUACGGAUGUGCGAACUGAAUUUCCAGCCAUUAGAAGAUUUUCAGAAUUUGCGCAUAUUUGGGUUGCCCGGAACUAAGGGAAUUUCUUCAUCGAGUUUUUAGUCACUAUGCCACAUGCAACACACAUACCACACACAGAUUCACAAAUGCACGCAGACGUAGAGAGUAGGGAGAGAGAUGUAUCUGUAUCUCCAGCACAUCAAGUCACAUUCGUCAUCAUCAAGGACUGAAUCAUGUACAAUACAUGUCACUUGGUCACCCUCUCAAUCAAUCAAUCCCAACUAUUGUAUACACCUCGAAUCGCAUCACACACACUCUCACACAAACACCAACA